CCGUGAAAUUCGCGACCUGGCCCGUCUACCCACCCUUCGCUCCUUCGAAAAGGCAAAAAUGAUUCUCGUUGUUUCUCUUAUUCCUGUUUCCGUUUCGGGUUGAGUUCGUUAGGGAAUCCCCGAUCAGAGUGAGAAUGUCAGUGAAUCUGACGGAAAACGCGAUUCCGGCGAUAAUCGGCGGCGACGUGAACGCGAAACCGCUGGUUCAGGUUCUGGACGUGGCGUUAGUCUCCAAUAUCAAUAACUCGCAGCAGCAGAGAUACAAACUUCUGCUAUCCGACGCCGUUUUGUCUAAACAAGCGUUGCUCGCCACUCAGCUCAACGACCGUGUCCGAACCGGCCGAGUUCAGAAGGGUUCCGUCGUUCAGCUUCUCCAUUACAUAUGCACACCUAUCAAGAACCGCAAGAUAAUUGUGAUUCUCAACAUGGAAACUAUAAUACCUGAUUGUGAGAUCAUUGGGAAUCCGAAGCCAUAUAUGGAUUCUGAUUUACCAAGUGUGGGAACUAAAGCUGAUAACACUGUGGAGAAUUUGCCCAGGAGUAACAACAAUAACAAUUCUGCUGCUCAAAAUGCAAGCCAUAAUGCGCAGAAUUUCAGGCCAACAAUUCAACCUCCAUAUCAACCGCCUCCUUACAAAGGCCGUGGGGCAAUUUUGAAAAAUGAGGCACCGGCACGCAUCAUUCCUAUUGCUGCUUUAAAUCCUUAUCAAGGUCUGGGGCGGUCAGACAAGCCAGACUGGAUAACAGUAAGGGCAGCCAUAUCAUUCAUCAAGACUGAUACAUUUUGUUACACAGCUUGCCCUCUGAUGAUUGGAGAUCGACAGUGCAAUAAGAAAGUUACUCUUUUAACAUUCUAUGUAACUAAACUUAUUAUAUUAAAAGAUUAAAAUUUAAAUUUAUAUAUACUUUUUGAUUAAAAAAAUGAAAUAAAAUGAUGUUGCAAAUCUUUAUGAUGAUUUAAAAGCAUAACACAAUUGCGAAAAACACUGCAAUAACAAUAUUAUAACCGCAACAUGUGUUGUGGAUGACAAUUUAAAACUUUGAUUAUAAUGCUAGCUGCCGAGUGCCAACAUAGAAAAGAAAUCUAAUAGUUAGAUUGCCUAUCUAUCUUGCAAAUUGAUAAAUUAU